AUGCUGAAUGGUCUUGCCGUCUGGAUUUUCUUCCACAUAAGAAACAAGACUAGCUUCAUUUUGUAUCUGAAGAAUAUAAUGGUUGCUGAUCUGCUCAUGACAGUGUCCUUUCCAUUUAAAAUUGUGCAUAUCUCUGGGAUUGCUCCAUGGCAUUUCAAUGUCUACCUCUGUCGCUAUACCAGCAUCUUGUUCUACACAAGCAUGUACAUUAGCAUUGUCUUCCUUGGGCUAAUUAGUAUUGACAGAUACCUAAAAGUGGUAAAACCAUUUGGUAGUUCAAAAAUGUACAGUAUCAAGUUCACAAAGAUGGUGUCUAUAUGUGUUUGGAUGGCCAUGUUCUUGUUUGCCUUGCCGAAUGUUAUCCUUACAAAUGCACAGCCAACCAGAGAUAAUAUCAAUGACUGCAAAAAACUCAAGAGCCCAGUUGGAGCUAAAUGGCAUGAAGCAACUACUUAUAUUAAUAUGUUGAUGUUCUUCACUGUUAUGGUGGUGUUAAUUGUAUGUUACAUUUCAAUUUCCCACCACAUCCAAAAAUCCAGCAAACCUUUUAUCAGUUGUUCAAGCCGGACAAGAAGACACAAUCAGAGCAUACGAGUUGUUGUAGCGGUGUUUUUUGUAUGUUUUUUGCCCUAUCACCUUUGUGGGCUGCCCUUCCUCUUCAGCCAGCUGGAUACAGUUUUGGAUAAGGAUGUAUACAAAAUCUUAGUAUACUGCAAGGAAGCUACUCUCUUUCUUUCAGCCUGCAAUGUAUGUCUGGACCCUAUCAUCUAUUUCUUCAUGUGCAGAUCCUUUUCUCAGAGGCUGUUCAACAGAGCAAGCAUCCGAUCGAGGAGUGAGAGCAUAAAAUCUCUACAGAGUGUGCGGAAAUCAGAAGUACGGAUAUACUGUGAAUAUACCGAGGUGUGA